AUGCCACCGCUGCUGCUGCUACUGCUGCCCCUGUUGUGGGGGAUCGAGUGUGUUGGGGGCUGGGGGUCCCAGGCAGGGUCCCAGGAUCUGGAUGACGGUUACCAGCUGCAGGUACAAAAUUCGGUGACGGUGCAGGAGGGCCUGUGUGUCUUCAUACCCUGCACCUUCUCCUACCCUCCAAGUGACUGGGACCAUUUUAAGCCAGUUCUCAUCUACUGGUUCUGGAAAGCGGCCAAUAACAUCGAUCACAAACGGGAUGUUCCAGUGGCCACAAACAAUCCACAGAGAGAUGUAAGAAAGGAGACCAAAGGCCGAUUCCAGCUCCUCGGGGACCCCCAGGCCAACAACUGCUCCCUGCACAUCACAGGUGCCCAGAAGGAGGACAGUGGGGAAUACGUCUUACGGAUGGAGAAAGGAUGGACGAAGUUCAAUUACAAGAAAAAGCUCACGGUGAAUGUGACAGCGCUGACAAAUGUCCCCAACAUCAUUAUGGGGUCCCUGGAGUCCGGCCACCCCAGCCAUGUGACGUGCUCUGUGCCCUGGGCCUGUGACAGGGGGACACCCCUCACCUUCUUCUGGACAGGCACUGCCCUCAGGUCCCAGGGAUCCCACUCUGAGGCCUAUGACUCCUCGGUGAUCAUGCUGACCCCCGGCCCCCAGGACCAUGGCACCAACCUCACCUGCCGGGUGACCCUCCCCGGAGCUUGGGUGACCACAGAGAGGACCGUCACACUCAGUGUCUCCUAUGCACCCCAGAACCUGACCAUCAGCUUGCUCCGAGGAAACUGCACAGAUAGGACAGGAGAACCGAAAUAUCUAGAAUAUCUGGGGAACAGCUCAUCUCUUCCAGCCGUGGAAGGGGAAUCCCUGAGCCUUGUCUGUGUCACUGACAGCAACCCCCCCCCCGCCACUCGGAACUGGACUCGGGGGAGCCGCCUCGUGAGCCCCUCGCAGCCCUCGGACCCCGGGGUCCUGGAGCUGCCUCAGGUUCAGAAGGAUGACGAAGGGGAGGUCACCUGCCGAGCCGAAAACCGGCUGGGCUCCCGCAGGGUCUCUCUGAGCUUCUCUGUGCUCUGGGAGUACGCCCCCCAGCUGUUCAGCCCCUCCUGCUCCUGGGAGGCCCAGGAUCUGCGCUGCAGCUGCUCCGCCCGAGCCUGGCCCGCCCCCUCCCUGCACUGGCGGCUUGGGGACCACCUGGUGGAGGGAAACAGCAGCAACUCCUCGGUCAUGGUCACCUCCCGCUCCGCGGGGCCCUGGGCCAACAGCUCCCUGAGCCUCCGCGCUGGGCUCAGUCCCGGCCUCGGAAUCGGCUGCGAGGCCCGGAACGACCACGGCGCCCACAGCGUGAUUGUCCUGCUGCUGCCAGGUCGGGGGUCAGCUAGGGCAGGGAAACCCCAGUGUGAGGGAGGAUUUGUUCAGGCGGCCGUCGUGGGAGCUGGUGUCGCCUCCACGCUCUUCCUCUGUCCCUGCCUCAUCUUCCUCAUGGUGAAGACCUUAAAGAGGAAGAAAACCAAGACAGCAGCUGGAGAAUCGGAUGCCCCCUGUCACCAUUGUGUGGACAAAAUGCCAGAGGGAUCUCCCCAAAAUGAUUAUUGUCAACUACAAAGUUCAAGAGUCCCCAAGACCAUCCUCACUUCUGACACCAAUUGGUUACCGGCAGGAGUCCUGGUGAGGCAGCUUCCGAGACAGCCCACCCCCCAAGACAGCCCACCCCUCCAGACUGGCCCCCUCCCCUCUGGAGAAGUGCAGGAAUACCAGUACGCCUCUCUCGUCUUCCAUGGGCUGAGGCCCCAGGAGCCUCAGGGCCAGGAAGUCACUAGCACCACCGAGUACUCAGAGAUCAAGGUCCGCCAGUGAGGACUCGCCCAGAGCCCAGGUCUGGCUGGAGGGCCCAGGGCUUCCCUGGGAAGGGACACUCGAGGGGGAUUCCUGAGUCAACAGCUCUUCAUGUGAACAGGAUAUAACUACUCCAUGGGUGUGACACAAUGUUUAAGCACCAGGCUGCUAACCGAAAGGUCUGAGGUUCAAACCCACCAGCUGCUCCAUGGGAGAAAGAUGUGGCAAUCUGCUUCUGUAAAGAUUACAGCCUUGGAAACCCUAUGGGGCAGUUCUACUCUGUCACAUGGGGUCGUCAUGAGUCAGAAUUGACUAGAUGACACCUAAAAAAGAACAACAUGGGAGUUUCACAGUGUGGGGACGGGGAGAACUGGGCUCAGCUCUCAGACCCAUCACCAACUGACAGCAGGAGUUUGAACAAGUCACCUCACUGCUCAGGUUCCUCCUCUGUCAAAUGGGAAAACAAACUUAAGUGACGGGGUUGUUGUGAGGAAUCAGGAAGUAAUUAAUGUGAUGCAUCUCUUACGGGUUGAAUUGUGCCCCCCAAAAUAUGUGCUGAAAUUCUAACCCCUACACCUGUGGAUGUGAGCCCUAAUGAUGCAAUGGUUAAGGGUUAGGACUUCAACAUUAGGGGGACACAAUUCAAUCCAUAACACUGGGGAACCUAACCUGUGACGUACUAUCUAUUUAAAAAUAAUAAAAAGAUAAUUCUAAUAAUAAUACAUUUGAAACUCAACUAUUUAGGAAUAUAUAUCAAUGAAAUCGCUACAGAAUAAAGUCAACUGUUGAAAAAAGUGUACUAAAAGUGUAUACCACUCAGACAAAAACUUGUACAUGAUUAUUCAUAGCAGUACUAUUCAUAAUAGCCAGAAGGUGGAAACAACCCAAAGGUCCAUCAACUGAUGAAUAGAUAAACAAAAUGUGGUCUAUCCAUACAGUGGAAUAUUAUUCAGCCAUAAAAAGGAAAGAAGUAGUGACAUAUGCUACAACAUGGAUGAUCUUUGAAAACAUGCUACGUGACAGAAGCCAGCUGUAAAAGGCUACGCAUUGUAUGAUUCCAUUUAUAUAAAAUGUCCAAAAUAGGUAAAUCUAUUGAGACAGAAAGUAGAUUAGUGGUUGCCUAGGCCUGGGAGGAAUGUGGGGAAUGGAGGGUGAUACCCAAUGGGUACAAGUUUUCUUUCUGGGGUAACGAAAAUAUUCUAAACCUUAUUGUAGUGAUGUUGCAGAACUGUGAACGUACAAGAACCAUUGAAUUGUACACAUUUAAAUGAGUGAAUUGUGUAUUCUGUGGCUGAUAUCUCAAUAAAGUUGUUACAUGAAAAUUCUAA